AUGCCUGAAAUGACCCUGAUGACCGCACCCCUGCCGCCUCCCAAGCAGAUACGCUUUGUAAACAACCAAGGCCAACCUCCUUCCAAGAGGCGGAGGAUCAACGCAGCAUGCUUGACAUGCCGCAAGAGGAAGACCCGAUGUGCCGGUGAGAAACCGGUCUGUUCGACCUGCACAAAGAACGGGCACCAGUGUCAAGGGUACAACGAUCUGGUCGAGCGAAGGAAGGAGGACAACCGGGGCAACGGCCUGACAAAGGGUGAUCACGACCAAGUUGCCGGGGUGAAAAGGGAGGCGGAUGAUGAUGAGGAUGAACAUUCCGAUGACAACGAGGAGGAGGAAGAGGAAGAAUCUCACCGACAAUGGAAGAGCAAGACGGCCCCAGCGAGCAAAACAGCCGGCUUCGCCGUUGUUGAUAGAGAUGCUUCCAUGAGGCGUGAUUCCAUCCCAAACCACAGUUAUUCAGGCAACCGGCCGCGGGGACUUAGUAAUGACUGGGGUCAGGAUUCAAGGUCACCCAGCUCUACGAGAACGGCGAGACAGUCCAACUCAAACGGCAUUCGAUCACCGACACAGCACCACAGCCAUUCCGUACGGAGAAGAGAUCGUAUACCGUAUUUUCGCUAUUUCGGUCCCACGGCGAUUGUCCCCGGGUUCAAGCAAAACCUGCCCAAAGAACCCUCUUUUAGGGACCCACGCUUCAUGAGAACCGGCUCGUCAGUCGCAACAACACCGACGCCAUCACAUCACAUACAGCCUAGAACGAUCCAGGAAACCCUCAAGGACAUUCCUACCCUGGAGGACAUGCCGGUAUACUCCACCGACGACUCCAAGCCGGUGCCCGAAAUCAUCAAGGUCUUGGUCAAGACCUUCUUUAUUCGUCUGGGUUGCAACUACCCCUUCUUGAAGGAGGAACGUUUUAUGCGCCAGCUCGAGGAGAAGCAGGUGGAGCCCAUCUUGGUCGAUGCCAUGUGUGCGUUGGCUGCCCGGUUCUCCGAGCUUCCUACCUUCACCAAUGAGCAGGACGGCAGCAGAGUUCCCAAGUCCGAGUAUGGUGAUGUCUUUGCUCAACGAGUCAAGAACGCCACCGUUGAAACGUUUUCCUGUCCGUCAGUCGCGGCUGUUCAGGCCUUUCUGCUCAUGGCAUACGAGGCUUUUGGCGCAAACCAGGACAGUGCCCUUUGGAUGUAUUUGGGCCUUGCCAUCCGCAUGGCUACUGACCUAGGUCUUCAGAAGAAGGAGGGUGUCAAAUAUCAAGGGUCUCGUGAUCCGUGGUUCACCAGGAGGUGGCUAAGCAAGUAUAACGACGACGGAAACUCGCCCACGGACAAGCAAGAAGAGGAGGAAACAAUCAGCCCCGAAGAGCAAAAGGAAGUGGAGCAGGCACGUAUCGACACGUUCUGGGCAGUCUUUAUGCUGGACAGAAUCAUCUCAUCCGGCACAGGUAGGCCAGUCACUUUGCGAGACGAUGACAUGGAUUUGGAAAUUCCCGAACCCACUCUUGAUCAAGAGGGUUGGCCAGAUCCCUUCCCGGCUUGCAUCAAGAUCAUCCAUCUUUACGGUCGCGCGUCCGAUGUGCUCAACAACAUCCGGGAUGCGAAUGAUCUCACGGAGGAGAGCAUGAAGAAGCUGCGGCAAAUGGAAAGCGACUUGACGAUAAUCUACUCGAAACAACACGAGCGGCUGGUAUUUAAUACCCACAACUUCAAGCACUACGUCGAGGCGGGCCAAGGAACCAUUUUCAUACUACUUCAUUUCUGGUUCCAUGCCAUGAUCAUUAUCCUCCAUGAACCAGCACUACUCACACCGUUCGGUAAGCUCACUAACAUUCAGCUGUUGUCCAACAGUCGUGAGCUGGCCAGAUCGAGCGCAAAGACCAUUGCGGAUAUUGUUGCCUUUGCCGAACUCAUUGAUCAUCAGAGCUACAUUGGCAAUCCUUUCACGUCCCAGCCCAUCUUCAUCGCCGGAUGCGCCUUUCUCAAAGAGUCUGCAUUGAGUGCUUCAAGCCCACCAUCACGGGAGCAAUCCCCAGGAGCGAACAACAAGAGUACCGGCUCGAGAACACAUGGCGGACGUUUGAGCAUACCGACCGAUAAUAGACCGCGACACUCCUUGCUCACUUCGGCCGCGGCCGCGAACUACUCGCGCUGCUCUCAGGCACUUUCACGCGUUGAACAGUACUGGGCAGGAGUCGGGUACAUCAUCAACGCCAUGGAGCAGAGAUCACAGGGCAUUGAGGACUGUGAGACAUUUGCACCGGGCGAGCUCGAGCGUAUGCUUGCUCGAACCCGUCAGGCCUCAGUUCAGCGGUUGAUGGGGUUCGAGAAUCCGAUCCCACCUUCGCCAGGUGUGCCGCCUAUUGCCUUUUCGCUUACUGGCACAACGAACUCGCCCAACUCGAACCUUACGAGACUGUAUACAAACACAUCCGGUACGACGAGCUCGCCCAGCUCGAAUCUCACGAGAAUCUAUACAAACACGUCCAACCCCGCCAUGUCCAACAAUUUUAUGUUAGUUCCUUCCAUGUCAUCAGUCGCUUCGCCUCUUCCACCUACAUCACAGCCUACCACAGCCGCAACGCCACCAGGAAACAUGAUCUAUGAUCCGAUCCGGCAGGACACACCAACGGUGGUGUUCCAUCCGCCGCCGCAUCCGCAACCCAAUGUUCCGACAGCAAGGUAUCAGGGCCGUUCAUCUUCGUUCAGCCAUCUUCGCGACAGACGUUCCACUUCCACUUUAAGCAGGGGAACAUCCCUCAAGUACGAAACACCAGGCUCGGAUGACAUGACGGUGGGAUCAGACAGUCCCACCAUAAGCGAAUCGAACUUUAACGCCUAUGGGAAGAGCCUCAGCCCAGCCUUGCCACCGCUCGCACCCCCGCCUCAUCGCCACUCGUACCUGAACACGCAGCAGCAGCAGCAGCAGCACAACAACAACAACAACAACUCGUAUGAUAACAGCAACCACAACAGUACUACCAACAACAAUGACUAUUAUCACCAAGCAACCUCACGCCCCAGUCCUAACCCCGGACUCGGUGUAGUCGAUCCCUUCAGCCAGAACACCUUCUCGACAGGUCUUUACUCUGCUUUUACGCCCGACUUUAUGUUUGAGUGCAACGAGAUCAACCUCCACAACUUGCCGGAUGUGUUGGGCCUAGACGCCAUCGGGGACAGUCAUAUGAUGGAGUCGUUAUCUAAUUUUGACGCGUAUGCUUUGUAUGGGUUAUUUGAUGAGACGUUUAUUACCGGCGGUAGUGGUGGUGAUGGUGGGAGUGGGAAUGGGUCAAGCAGUCACAGCAGAGGAAACGAUGACGAUGGCGGAGGAAGGCGGGGAAGUGAUCAUGGUGGAGGAGGACGGAACGGACAAGGAGGAGGAGGUGAUGGACGAGGUCAUCAUAGACAGGGACACUGA